AUGUCUAGAGUGGACUCUGGUGCAUUUUGCGAAAUAUGUAUAAAAUGUAAAGAAAGGUUACCACAUAAUCAAUGGUGUCAACAAUGUGAGAGUGCAAGCUUUAAAGAAGCUUCUAAAUCAUGGACUAGUGGUAGUCAUGACUUGGAUAAAUUUAUAAAAAAAACGCAAUUGAAGGCUGCCG